AUGGGUGGGGGUACAAGCAUUUGGGUUUCGCCCCAGGCUCGGAGUGACCCACGAGAGAUUUACAAUGGCCGUUUGGCGUUUCUAGGAAUUACUAUCGCCAUGGCUGGCUGUGCCUAUGGUUUUGAUCAAGGGAACAUUGGCGGAGUAUUGACUUUACCGACAUUCAAGCAUGCCUUUGGACUGGACAGCCUAAGCGAAGAUGCUGCGGAUGCGCGCAAAGGUAAUAUUGCGUCUUUGAUGGCUGCUGGUGGUGCUGCAGGUGCUCUGCUAUCUGCUCCGUGUGCCGACUUCUUAGGUCGCAAGUGGUCGAUGAUGCUCUACGGCUUAUUGUAUCUGCUGGGCUGUGCCUUCCAAGAGGUUCCCCAUCUAGGGCUUUUCUAUGCAGGCAGAUUUCUUGCUGGUGUAGCAAUUGGAUGCAUGUCCGCUGGCGCACCCCAAUUUCUAGCGGAAAACUCGCCCAAAGCGAUUCGUGGAUCAAUGACUUGCCUCUACAACCUAAUGAUCACCACUGCUCUUUCAUUGGCAUUCUGGACGAACUUUGGAGUUAGCAAAUGGAAAAAUGUCAAUGUCACAGACAACACACAAUGGAUGUUAGCAUUGGGCAUUCAACUUAUCCCAGGAGGAUUCAUGGUGGCAAUGCUCCCCUUCGUGGAAGAGACGCCUCGUGCCUUGAUUGCGCGUGGAAAGCGUGAGCAAGGUCUUAUCAAUCUCGUCAAGCUUCGGAAGCUCCCCGAAUCUCAUCCCUAUGUUCAGCAAGAAUACAUGGAAACAUGCACACAAGUGGAUUUAGAGCAAGAAAUCGCGGCUGGACGUAACUAUUGGCUAGUGCUCAAGGAUGUUGCGCUUGUACCAUCCAACAGGCGGCGCUUUUUCCUCGCCAUCAUGUUGUUCCUCUUCCACAAACUCACGGGAACCGACUCACUCAACUACUUUGCCCCGGAAAUAUUUACUAUGAUUGGCGUACGGGGGGGAUCUCAAGCCUUGUUCACCACUGGCAUCUAUGGUGUUGUCAAGCUUGUCACUGUGCUCAUUUACGUCGUCUUCAUUGUUGACCGCGUCGGGCGAAGAUUGCCUCUUAUCAUAGGCGCGUGCCUUCAGGCUACUGCCAUGUUGUACAUUGCGCUCUACGUUCGAUUUGCAAAACCAGAGGUGGGGGGUGGCACCGAAAUCGGUGGUGUUUUUGGUAUCGUCUGGAUUUACAUCUACGCUUUCGGAUGGUCAUUCGGUCAUAGCGUGGCUUGCUAUGUGGUGGCUGCAGAGAUCUUCCCUUCUCGUAUUCGCUCUUUUUGCAUGAGCUGGUGCUUCUUCACGAACUGGAUCGUUGAUUUUGGCAUUACUAAAGCCACACCGUCGAUGAUGACGCACUUGGGAUGGGGAACGUUCCUUUUGUACGCGGUACUAACAUACAUUGGCGCUAUCUUCGUCUACUUCUGUAUGCCGGAGAUGAAAGGUCGGUCUAUUGAGUCUAUGGAUGAGUUGUUCCAAUUUUCGAUCUGGUCUAUGUGGAAGAGGGCAUAUCCAAAGGAAAAUGUCAUGACUUUCAAACUCAACACAGGCGCUGAUAUCCCCGGCGUGGGAUUUGGAACAUGGCAAGCAGCCCCAGGUGAGGCUGGCAGUGCAGUUAAAAUUGCUAUAAAGUCGGGAUAUAGACACUUGGACUUUGCUCCCCUAUAUUGGAACGAAGCAGAGAUUGGGCAAGCGCUCUCAGAAGUGUUUAAGGAAACCUCAAUAUCUCGAUCCGAAAUCUUCAUAACUACAAAAUUAUGGUCCUCUCAACAUUCAAAUGUUGAAUCCGCGCUUCGUCUAUCUUUGAAAGACCUCCAACUCGAUUAUGUUGAUCUAUACCUUAUGCACUGGCCAGUUUCCCUUCCGCCAAACGAUCCUUCACAACCGAACUUCGGCAAAGAAGACCGUACGGUACACGCCUCAGACUGGGACUUUUCGAAAACUUGGACUGCGAUGGAGGAUCUAUUAUCCACGGGCCUUGUCAAAGCUAUCGGCGUGGCAAACUUUUCCACGGUCAACCUUGAGAAACUACUCAAAAUAGCAAAGGUGAUUCCUGCAGUUAAUCAAACAGAGCUGCAUCCCCUGCUACCUCAAAACAAGCUUCACGAAUUUUGCACGAAGCAUGGCAUACACCAAACCGCGUUCGGCCCCCUUGGUGGCAAAGGCUCAACGCUACAUACGCACAAAGACGUGAUAGAGAUUGCAGAGCAACGGAAGGCAACUCCUGCCCAAGUACUUCUUUCUUGGGGUUUAAGCCACGGAUGGAGUGUCAUCCCCAAAAGCGUGAAUGCGGAAAGAAUUAAGGGAAAUUUGGGAGUAUUCGAACUAGGCCCCGAUGAAGUCGAUAGGCUGGAUAGGCUGGCGAAGACAGAAGGGAGGAGAUUUAAUAGGCCGAAUUGGGGUACUACGGUUUUUCACGAUGACGAUGACAGCGUUGCGUAG